AUGAGCAUUAGGCCUGCUGUGAAAGACGGGUCGCCUUUAAAACGUAGAAGUGUCGAUCGGAAUAUUCCCGUUUAUAAGACAUCUAAGGCUUGGGAACGUGAUGGCCUUGAUAAGGAUACAUGGUUCAGAAAGAAAUACGCACAUGUACACGCAGAUCAAAAGAAACGUCAAAAAGCAGGGAGCUUAGGAAAGCGUGAAGCUCACGAACAACGUUUGGAUGGUAUAUGUCACAGCUAUAGAGAUAAUAAGAACGCCCAUCGACAGAAAUUUAAAAACUUGUACACAAAUGUCACUAAAUUUGCCAUCAAUCCUCUUUCGGAGUACCUCUAUGGUGUGAAUCCGAUAUUAGCUGCCCUUGAAAGUGAUAGAAGAGGAUAUUUCACAAGGUUGCUACAUCACGAUACUAAUGAUAAAGAUAGUAAUAAGUUGACCAUUCUCAGACUAUGCAAAGAAAAAGGCAUAAAAAUUGAUACUGCUGAUAAGCAUCAAUUAAAUUUAAUUACCAAAUCAGCAGUACACAAUAAUAUGGUACUCGAGUGCAAACCACUUUCGAUACCAGAAAUCAAUUCACUGCAAAAUGUUAACAUAGAUACUGCCUCUUUCAAUGUAUUGCAGACUGACGGAAUCACACAAUGGUCAAAAUCAGAGAAAUUUCACAAUAACGAAAGGAAGAAGUACCCAGUUGGUAUAUAUUUAGAUGAGGUGACAGAUCCCCAUAAUAUGGGUGCCAUUAUUAGAAGUGCAUUUUUCCUUGGUGCUGAUUUUGUAGCUUUGAGUCGUAAAAAUUGUGCAGCUAUUGGACCAGUUGUGGCGAAAACUAGUAGUGGCGCAGUGGAUUACUUGCCUAUGUUUUACGUAGACAAACCUCUAAAAUUUUUCGAGCUAUCACAGGCUGAGGGUUGGACAGUAGUUUCGAGUUCACACGGCCAUUCAAAAAAGGAUGUUGCAAAAACUUUAGAUCUUGGCGAUUUGCAUAAUAUGAGUCAUAGCAUGCCGAUUCUGUUAGUAAUGGGCAAUGAAUACUCGGGAAUACGAACUAAUUUGAAGCAAAGAAGUGAUUUUCUCGUCGCAAUACCCCAAAUGACUAACAAUUCAACUGUGGACUCUUUAAAUGUAAGUGUUGCUACUGGUAUACUACUGUCAAAGCUGGUUUAG